AUGCCCGGCGUGCGGCGCAAGGCUGUAGCCUGGGGGACCCGCUCCUAUCGCUCUCGGGCGGACCACUCUGCUGCAAAUUCUGAGACUCCAAAUUCAACCAUCUCCAGAGAGGCCAGCACCCAGUCCUCAUCAGCUACGACCAGCCAAGGCUAUGUUUUACCUGAAGGCAAAAUCAUGCCAAACACUGUUUUUGUUGGUGGAAUUGACGUUAGGAUGGAUGAAACCGAAAUUAGAAGUUUCUUUGCUAGAUAUGGUUCAGUAAAAGAAGUGAAGAUAAUCACGGAUCGAACUGGUGUGUCCAAAGGCUAUGGAUUUGUUUCCUUUUAUAAUGAUGUGGAUGUGCAGAAGAUAGUAGAAUCACAGAUAAAUUUCCAUGGUAAAAAGCUGAAACUGGGCCCUGCAAUCAGGAAACAAAAUUUAUGUGCAUAUCACGUGCAGCCACGUCCUUUGGUUUUUAAUCCUCCUCCACCACCACAGUUUCAGAGUGUCUGGAGUAAUCCAAACACUGAAACUUAUAUGCAGCCUCCAACCAUGAUGAAUCCUAUAACUCAGUAUGUUCAGACAUAUCCUCCUUAUCCAAGUUCACCAGUUCAGGUCAUCACUGGAUAUCAGCUGCCUGUGUAUAAUUAUCAGAUGCCACCACAGUGGCCUGCUGGAGAACAAAGGAGUUAUGUUAUACCUCCGGCUUAUACAACUGUUAACUACCACUGUAAUGAAGUUGAUUCAGGAGCUGAAGUUUUGCAAAGUGAAUGCUCAGUUCAUGAAGCUACUCCAUCCUCUGGAAAUGGCCCACAAAAGAAAUCUGUGGACCGAAGCAUACAGACAGUUGUAUCUUGUCUGUUUAAUCCAGAGAACAGACUGAGAAACUCUGUUGUUACUCAAGAUGACUACUUCAAGGAUAAAAGAGUCCAUCAUUUUAGAAGAAGUCGGGCAGUGCUUAAAUCUGUUUGAUCUUCUCCACUAACUUUCAAGUCUCAUGGGAAGUUGCUGGUUUUGAAUAUUAAGAAGAGACAAAGUUUUUCACUAUAGAAAUUUAAUUUUGAAUAUUGAUAAAUCACAUUCAUACUACAAGUUGUAUUAGAUUGCCUAGUUUUAUUUUACAUAGAAACUGUUCGUCAUUAGGUAUCUGUUUAGAAACUGGUUCUGUGUUGAUAAUAUAGUUGAAAGUAAAAAAUAAUUGAGACUGAAAGGAAUAACUUUAAGAUUUAUGUGUAAGGAUUUUAAAAAAUUGAAAUAGACAUUUUAACAGUUUAAAAGCAAAUGCUGAUUAUCAAAAAAUUGUUUUAGAAAACCCACUAUUUUGAAAGGUCAGAAUUUUGAUAUUUAGAAUGCAAGCAUUUCACUUCUCCAGCAAGUACCUGUGAAUACUACAAUAUUUACAAUAUUGUGUUUUACAUUUAUAAUUUGUCUAGAAAUUUACCACAAAAGCAGUGUUUUUAAAACUGCAUUUUUAAUCAGUGGAACUCAAUAUAUAGUUAACUUUAUUGAAGUCCUCCUUAUCCAAACCCAGUUAAACUGAUUCUAAACAGUCCAAUCAGUGGGUCUUAUGUUUAUUAGUUGGAAAUAUUUUAUCUUUUAUCUAGAAUCCACAGACACAUAUUGUAUUUGAUCGGAAUGGUAAUUAGGAUAACUAAAAUUAUGGACCUAAUUUUUUUUUUAAAGAAUCCAAGACAAACUAGACUUUACUCGGACAGAAGUUUCUCAGUGAGUUAUCAUUCUCCUUUUAUUCUUUUAAUUUUUUCCCUUGAAAUGCUAAACUUAAUGGCUAUAUGUAAAAUUGUGCAAAAAUAUUGGUAAUAAAGAAUGCUGAAACUUU